GUCUGUGUAUAAGCAGCAAGUCUCGGAUCGGAAACGACAUAGUUUGACUAAUUUAAGUCAAGCCGAAAUAUAAUCAUCAAGAAAAAUGGGGUUCCUGUUUCAGUUACUUUUACCUGUAUUUGGCUUCGUGUUCAUUUUAUCAGCGACUGCAGGACAAGAUCAAAGAGGAACGGAGUUCAUGCUGUCAUUUAUAGACCCACAGAAGAAUGAAGGUUUUCCGAUCCUUCUGAUUUCAGCUGAAAAUAGAGCGUUUGUCACAAUAACCAUCCCCUCUCUAGAUCUAAUUCUUAUGAAUGACAUUGAACCCGGGGAAACAUGGAAGCCUACCCUGUCCACAGACCUGAGAUACACAUCCUAUUUUACAACUGUACGAUCUGCCGUGAAUGUUACUUCUACAUCCCCAGUCACAGUCUACGUCUACGAUGGGUUUGGACUCAGAUCCUCUGGAUACAUGGCACUUCCUCUACACGCCCUGUCCACGUCGUAUAUUGCAGUGACCUACAAUGGUCGGACAGACAAUGCUUAUCCAGUUUUACUUCUCGUUGCCAUCAUGAAUGACACCACAGUGGAUGUUUUGUACAGGCUGUCCAGUGGUCAGUGUGAUGAACAUACAACUGGGCAGACCUCUACCCACACACUUCAUGCAUAUGACGUGCAUGGUGUACGAUGUACUGGUGACUUCACAGGAACAUACGUUGUGAGCAACAAGGCCCUAGUGGUCAUCUCUGGACACCAAAAAACGAAUGUAAGUGGACUUAAUAUGGAUACUCUUCAAGAGAUGUUGAUUCCCGUGGAUCAGUUUGGUCUGAGUUUUGUGCUGAUUGAGCCUCAUGGCAAUGCGAGAGGAUCCAUCAACAGGAUCGUUUCAUCUUCUGACAACACCGCGGUGACUUCCAGUACUGGGGAGACCUUCCUUCCCAGUGCGUACGAGUAUGUGGACAUUGACACGGAUAUCAGUGGCCAACAAUGUAUAAACUCAAAUUUUCCAGUCCUGGUUGUUUCCUUCACCAAGUCUGCUAACGGGGAGAAAUUUGACGAGAGGUCGAUGGAUGCAGCAAUGUAUACCGUACCUGCCACCAACAUGUUCACCACAAGCAUCUACGUAGAUUAUGGGUUAACUAGUGUGUUGGCCACAGAUGAAUUUGUGUCUAUCGCCUUUGUGUUUAGUAGAAACGAUACUCCUGACUUUUCAGCUUCUCCAACUGUCCAUGAAGUCAUCCCAAGCUGCCCCUAUGAUGUGUACAAAAUGACAGUAACAGCAUGGCCAGUCGUGUACUCUGAAGGUUCCCUCAAAUUUGGUGCUUACCUCCUUGGCUCAACUCAUAAUAAGUUCAACGGAGCAGCUUUUCCUCUCAAUAUGCGUUUUGGUAACAAACAAGUGUCAUCGUCGUCAUCUUCUUAUCAGUCCUCUUCUUCUUCCUGUUGUUUUCCUUCCUCCCCUUUGACUUUUUCAUCAUCUUCUUCUUUUCCAUUGUCUUCUUCCUCUUCGUCUUUUACUUCUUUAUCUUCUCUUAUGUCAUCGUCGUCUUCUAAUUCUCCGUCUCAUUUUUCUUUCCCCUUUUCGUCUUUGUUUUCCUCGUCUUCUUCACUUUCUCCUUCGUCGCCUCCUUCUUCUUCUCCCGCUCCUUCUCCAAUGUUCUGUGACGGUUCUGGAAAUUCAGAAGACAUGAGCAACGACUGUAACUACAUCUACGAAGGAGCAAAGCAUCUAAAGUAA